AGCAAUAUUUCUCCUUAUCCUUAGACACCCCAGUAGGGAAAUGCGGUACAUUCGAGAGAAAGUGGGUCUACAGGAAAAAUCAGUCAUUCAUAAGACUAAAAUCGACUAUGAAGAUCUGAGCGAUCCAUUUCCUACUUCCAUUCCUCAAACAGUCAUUAUUAUUGAGCAAAAAAAAGAAAAUGGAAAACUGCCUGUUUCCUGUGCAUGUAAAGCAAUUCCUCUGCCUCGUCUUGAAGUCUAUCAAGAACAACUUUCUAUGAAGAUUUCGUGGAAGAACCAGACUUCCCUUCAAAUGCUGGCGAAACAACAUCCCAACUUCCCUCACAGCUUACUCGUAAACACCAGCAAAAUGUUUUGCGAGCUUAUGCCACCUCCACAUAACAUAGCUUGGGAUGAAUCUUAUUACCAGACCGUGACAGUGUCUAAAACUACAACUUACUUACUUUAUUCCGCUGUCUUGGAUAACCGCCCUCUCACAGAUAUACGCCCUUGUAUCCGGAUCUUGGCGUUUACCAGGGCUAAGAAACCAACCGCUCCUUGGUGCUACAUUUGGUUCAACACCACCGGUCCUCCCGCCAUCUCUCAAGUCAUUAGGCAAGUGACCAAACAGUACUCACAGGAAAGGAUAUAA